UUGCGCUUAAGCAUUGAACCGAAAGAAGACGGGUUGGAAUAAACAGACAAGCAGGAAUAUGGCACAGGCAGCAACUUCAAUGACUCCAGAGCAGGUCAAGAAAAUAAAGGCAAAUUGUGAAGAUAUAGUGAAAAGAGUUCAAGCUGAUGACAUUAUGGACUAUUUUGUUGACGAAGAUUACUUUUCCAUUGAAGAUGUAGCAGAAAAUAUUAUGAGCGGGAAAACUCCCCAACACCAAACAGAACGACUUGUAAUGCUUCUCCAACAAAAAAGAUCAAAAGCUGGAAUAUUUGACUUUUUUCUUAACCAAUUGGCAAGACAUGGUAACAAAGAUUUGGCCAAGAAAAUUAGAGAAACUGAAGAAGCACUUAGGAAAGAAAAGAAGGAUAAAGCUCUGAAUGCAAAAAGGUUCCGGUUUAUAACAGAGGAGGAGGCUGGGGCCGAGGUCACACAAGACGAGGUGAGAAAUGCAACAGCAGGCCUUCAGAAACCUAGUCCUCAUCGACUGGAGAACCUGAAAUCACUAAAGCAUGCCUUCUCCCAGGGAAUUGUGUAUAUUGAUGCUUUCUUCAGUAUAGAUAACUCCCUGAAUUGA